CUGGAAGUAAGGCUUUAGCUUAUGGAAAGAUUGCCAUAGCAGAAGGGCACGCUCUAGCUGCACGUCGGCGCAAGAAGAGCUCGUCAGUUGCAUGUCCGAAGCAUAUGGUACGGUUGGAUAGUGGUGCAUCUUCGUCGGGCGCCGCACUGGGUGCGUGCUUCCCCAGCUGUUCUGCUGGUCAGCGCUGGAGUGGCUCUGCCUGCGUUGCGUGUCCUGCAAACACCUACAUGAGCAACAAAGACUGGCUGCAGUUGCUUGAUGAGAGCCCGCACGUGAAUUGGGCUGGAAAGCGAAGCCAUGGCUGCAUGAGCUGCCCUCCAGGAACGGAGUCCGCGCAGGGUGCCACAAGUAUAGAGCACUGCGUGGAACCAGCAGAGACAAUUCUGGAAUUCUCACUCCCGCCACCGCUGCAGAGCUUCGACCACCAGGGCGGCACUGUGACCGUCCCGCUGUCCAUGGAUCAAAACCUCUAUCAACAAGGUGGAGAGGAAGAUCCACUAACCACGGCAGUUUCUUCUAGCGAAACAGGACUCACAGUGGACGAAAAACUCGCGUUAGAAAACGCGCUUGUUGUGCUCUUAGGAGGUAGACGAGCGUCUCCCCCUAGUGCGUCAGGCACGACGAGCGCCAGAAAUCCCUACAUCGCACCUUCCUCAACGAACUCUAGAAGAACUAUAGCUUCUGGUAGUACAGAGCUCGCCUGGCUAGACAACAUUGAAGGAAACAGCAAGAUGGACCCCUCGCCGCUGGAUCCGAUAUUGCAUGAGUUAACUUUUCGAGCUGUCGCAGGAGGUCACGCUCGAUCAGACCGCCGAGCUGCAGUAAGAAUACGAGGGAGUAGUCGGGUAAGCAGAAGAAGCCCUGCAUCUUCAGGUGGUAGACCAUCCGUUUCUCAUGCGACUGCUCUCUCGGCCUUGCAGAAUGUGAAAGUCAUGCUGCCAGAGGACGCAUUUUUUGCGGAAGAGAGCGACGCUUCAGGUGCGGCGUCUCUGUUAGAGGCAGAAUCAAGGAGAGAUCUAGCCCAGGCGGGAGUAGAGCACGCAUCGAUGAAAGAGCAGUCAUUUACAAAAUCUAAAAAGAGAAGGAGAAGCUAUUCACUGGGAUCCUUGCGCGUAAGAGCAUACUGUAAACCAGGCUUUGGUCGUGGUUCCGUAGGGGAUGAGCAUUUUCUGUGUGAAGCAUGUCCAGAAAAUAGUUUUAGCCGCGGGGGCUUUGGUGCUAUCUGCAGCGCAUGCGCCGCGAACGAGGCGGCUCUUCCUGGAAGCUCGACGUGUCACAUGAGUUGCUUGCCUGGAUUCGGUGCUAUAUUUGCUCGCAGUAGUGAUCGAGCAUCAACGUCAAGAAAAACAUCAUUCAGUAGUAGCAGUACUAGAAGGGGUGACAAUGUUGAACAUGUUCAGAACGAUUUUCAUCUGCAAGGAAAUCAGGAGGCGGCGAACCAUCUUUCUGAGAGUAGUUUUGUGGAUCGAAGUACGUCAUCUACAUCAGGCCCAGCGGCAGAGCAGCUACAAGGAGGGUCGAUAGUAAGAGUAAAUUGUGCGUAUUGUGGGGCGGAUCACUUUGCUGGUGGUGGUUUGGAACAAUGCGUCUCGUGUCCGAAGUCACGUCCUCUAGCGACAGCGGGAAGCAGCAAACCCUCCCAUUGUCGCAAACCGUGUCCCUCGGGGCAAGGAUGGAACGGGUACUUACAACAAGCUUGUUUUCAACUUGUAAUUUGUAUGGUAGAACUAUCUAUUUUUUCGGCACUCGAUGGAAGAUGAAGAUCAAGACCGUUGCGAAAAACGUGUAGUAACGACCCAAAAAUAUUUUUCGCUGCAUGUUUUUGUUUGCCUUUUUGACCACGAUCAUGAUUUUCACUUUCGAUUUCUCUGUCUAUGUCUACCCCACCAGGUCAGGAUGUCAUACUUGUGCACACGGAACAACAGCAGUGGACGGCGAGUGUCUACCUGUGAUGGAUAUCUCUCAGAGAACGGAGUCCGCGGCAAUACAUCCCAACGCUCCGACAGCGCCUUCAUUAGCCGCGAUCGACAUCGACAUCGAGACAUCAAAGGCACACCCCGGUGAUUACCACGACUUCUUACUCGAGGGAGACAAAUCAGUGGAAGAAGGACGGUCUGUACGUGAUCAGGUAUUGACCUGAUGGAUUUUUUGGACGUUUUUUGACAGAAGAGAAUAUGUGGAUAAAGGCCAAGAUGAACAGAUUUUCAUAACGAUCACGACGAGGAACAUGCAUUGUUGAUCUUACUUUCCUCUUCUUCUCGAUCCAUUUCUCUCUGACUCCGCCCAGGUGAUCCGCGCAGCUUCGCAAAGCGGUCUUAGCCCGGCUAACAUUGCAUCUAUCAAAAAACGCGCACGCGGACAAAUUAGUGGCGCCGAAGAACGUCAACGUGCCAUAAAGGCGAUGUCGCAUCACGUUGACGAUGCGCCUCGUGAAAAUGCCGAUCCUGCUAAGAGUUUGUCUUUCUCGAGCUUAGGGGCUACGUACUACGCCCGAUGAAUUCGCAUAGAAUUUAGAUAGAAGUGAAAUGUUUUAUUGAAUUUCGUACCUAGGCUUCAAACAAUUGCUUGUAGUUUCUUUUCCAGAUCUCGCUACAGCAGAGUUUUGAGUUCAAAUCCAAGAUAUUAAGAUUUCCCAUGAUCUUCAUGUUUGCUACGAAUGUACAGCCUGGAUUUUUUUUGUAGAGUCAGUUAGGCUACUUAACAAAAGCAUUUGCACGCAGUAGUUUUUUUCACGUUACUAGAAUUGAUUUUUUUGCGUCGAAUAACAAGUCGAGCUUGAGUUUCGUCCUCAGCCAAAAUACGACUCGCAAGUUACUCAAAAAGUAUGGCAGCAAGCAGGUUGAAAGGCAAUUGUAGCCACAAUGCUUCCCUUCGCCUCCGAUUCCGAAAGAAAAAUACAAAAAGAUUUCGCUGCGUGCUAGCCGCCUCUCAGUGUACCUAGCUCUCGUUUGCGCAACUUUGUUACCUUUUUCUUAUCAAUCCCACAACAGUUUCAUUUAGUAACUUUUUAACCAUCUAAUGUCAGAAAUUCCAGAACUUUUUUGAUGCAGUAAAGUGAAUCGAUCUCGAUACUCAUUCGAUAACCUUGAUACGAAAAAGAUAAGCACACAGAGACUCAGGUAACCCGAGUUGUGUAAUUUUUUGGAGAGUUUGUGAAUAGGCAACUUUAACUUUUUGUAAUUGUGACAAAUCACAUUCGUCACUCUGAUCGUUGCAAGUCGGCCGGAGUGAGGGUAUAUACCUGUUUUUGUCGUUAUUGCAGUUUCCGUAAACAUAUAUAGAUACAGCUUUCAGAGGAUCAAGAAGAUAAAUUGUUUAAGUUUACCCAGUUCGCGUAUAGUGUGAUAGAUGAAGAUGAACAGCCGUAGAGAGAGUUUUUUUUGUCACCCCGUCCACCAUGUUACGGGUUUCAGAAGCGAUGGCAAGAAACAAAAAAUGUGAAAAAGAUGAUAUUUACCCACCGGGAUUCCUCAACAAGAGAGAGACUAAUAAACUCGAUCAACAUAAUUGAACAUUGACAUGACUUCAUGGAUUGACAUAUCCCAUCCGUAAAAAAAUAAAAAAUGUAAAAGUAAAUCAAAAAAGUCGAAAACGAAGUCGGCCACGUUUUCGAAAUCACCAUGAGGGCAGCAACAACUUGAAACACAAAGUGUAACAAAAUGAUUGAAGCACCAAAUGACUUUACAUGUGCAGCUAUGAUUGGUGCAGCUACUUCUUUCGCACUGAAGAUUGAUGUCAGUCUUGAUAGAUAGGCUUACGCUUUUUGUUGUAUGACUGGACGACAAAAAAUCUAAAGAGAGGUCGGUGUGCUGAUUACGUAAUGCAUAGAUUGAAUUGAUAAAUAGGUUGCCUCAUCUAGUUUGUCGUGCUUGUUGUAAGCUUAAGGAAUGACGGUCUAACAAGGUAGAAAUUAUGUCACACUAUGUGGUUAGUCCUGGUCCUCUUAGUUAUAGAUGAUCAAUCUAUCAUGAUACUUUUUCCAAGAAUGUGCACGAUACGAGCAAGCAAGAUUUACAACUAAGCUGAAACUGCAAAGAUCGAGGGAGAAAAUAGCAGGAAUAUCGUGAACACUCUGAAGAUGCAUACCACGAUGAUGCCGCCGUCGCAGCAUGUCGGGUUAGAAACCAAUUUCGUCGGACAAGGUGGGCGCGCACUUUCCUUUCAACAUCUCCAUGAUUGCAAUAAAGAAAAAACCGAACAACAAGGUGGAGGACGCGCCACAUCAGAUGAACCAUCAAAAC